AUGGAGCCUCCCGCCCUCGCCGCCGUCCUGGCCUUCUCCGGGCUGGCGCUGAGCUGCUGCCGAGAGCCCGUUCUGUCCGAAUGCUACACAGCCAAUGGGGCUGACUAUCGUGGCACUCAGAACCAGACCUCCCAAUAUGCAGGCAAACCUUGUCUUUUUUGGAAUGAGACAUUUGAGCAUCCUUAUAAUACUGUGAAAUAUCCCAAUGGGGAGGGAGGGCUUGGAGAGCAUAACUACUGCAGGAACCCCGAUGGGGAUGUCAGCCCCUGGUGCUAUAUUGCAGAACAUGAAGAUGGAAUAUACUGGAAAUACUGUGAGAUUCCCUCCUGCCGAAUGCCAGGAAAUCUGGGCUGUUACAAGGACCAUGGAGAGCCACCACCUUUGACUGGCACCAGCGAGACCUCCAACAAGCUCACAAUCCAAACGUGCAUCAGCUCCUGCAGAAGUCAGCAGUUCAAGUUUGCAGGCAUGGAAUCAGGUUAUGCUUGUUUCUGUGGAAAUAAUCCUGACUACUGGAGAUACGGGGAGGCAGCCAGUACGGAAUGCAACAGUGUUUGCUUUGGAGACCACACUCAGCCCUGUGGUGGGGAUGGCAGAGUCAUUCUUUUUGACACCCUUAUUGGUGCCUGUGGAGGGAAUUACACGUCUGCUACAGCUGUGAUCUACUCCCCAGAUUUUCCUGACACAUAUGGCACAGGCAAAGUCUGUUACUGGACCAUACAAGUUCCAGGAGCAUCUCAAAUCCACUUCACCUUUGUCCUUUUUGAAAUCAAAGAUGCUACAGAUAUGGUGGAGUUGCUGGAUGGUUAUACCUAUCAUGUUCUGGCUCGUUUUAAUGGCAAGAACCGGCCUCCCCACACCUUCAACAUCUCUUUGGAUUUUGUCAUUUUGUACUUUUUCUCAGAUGACAUCAAUCAAGCCCAGGGAUUUGCUAUCAGGUAUAGAGCUGUGAAGGACAAUGUGCAUCAGAACAAGACCCCAGUGAAUCACACCCUUUCAGAGAGGAUAAAUGAACAAGCAAAUCUCAGCAUCAAUGCAGCCCGGUCAUCAAAGAUACUCUAUGUCAUCACAACCAGCCCAAGCCAUCCAACCAGCUCCAUGCCUGAAUGGACAAUAUACAGUCUCACAGCACUGCUCAUCCUAAGUGUUACAGCCAUAAUAGCAAAGAUACUUCUGCACAUUACCAUGAGGUCCCACCAGAUUCCAGCUGCAGCUGAAACAGAAGAUUGCAGUGAUGUCACUACUGCUGGUGAGAUCUGGAGUAUAUUUUACCAACCAUCCACAUCAAUAUCCAUCUUCAAGAAAAAGCUUCGAAAUCAACAAGACGAUUGCAACCCACUGGUGGGAAACUGAAGUGGCUUUUAUUUUGCAAGAAUGGAUCUUCUUAAAAUCCAGGUGACUUGAGAUUAACCUUCCUUUUUUUUUUUUUUCUCUCAAUCUCAUACCUGCUUUCCAAAAAGUCCAUUUCCAAAGGCCUUUAAGUGACUUUGCCUAUCUGCUGCUCUCUUGGACAUACCAGUGACAAGGGAUUGAAUUGCAGCAGUAAUUUUGAAAUACCUGGUGCUCCUCAAGUCUGUAGUGCUGUUAAUUACUGCCUUUAAACCAUUGCACUUAAAAUAGAUGUAAAAACUUGUAAAAUUCAAAAUGUCCUGUACCCCUGCCAAAGGUAACUGAGGGGUAUCUACAGGCUGAGGAUUUCUUGUGUCCCACUUGCCUGUAUCACUGCUACUUCAGUCCUUUUCUUCUCAAGCCUGAAGACAGAAGUGGGUACUGAUAACCUCUUCAGCUACCACAGCAAACAGAACUUACUUGCCUUGAUGUAAACACAUCUAAAUGGUACUAUAGAGUAGAAUGGGAAUCAAAGACUGGAAAAAAAUAUCAGCCUGGCUGCUCAGUGCUGAGCUCUUUCUGCAUUUUCUGUUUCUUGUGUCUACAAGCAGAGAUGCAAACAUAAAAAAAUCACAUUCAGGACGCCUCUAAAACAACAUUCAGCUACAAAUAUGCAUUUUGAUUGACUAGUGCUCACCAGGUCAAGGCCUGCAUGAGUAUUGAAGCCUUUUAAAUGGCUCUGUCCGACCCAUCAUUCACUGAUGUUUAUGAUAAUUUUGUUCAUAUUCACAGUGAUCCUUCAAAAAAUUAUUGUACUCCAGCCUGACAGCCAGCAUUUAUCCUGGGUAUAAGCUUAGGGCUUCCUAAAGGAUUGUCCAAAGAUACCAUAAUCCACUGAAUUUUUAUCAGUGAGGCUGACUAACAAAUGUUUACUCUGAAGUCACAUGUAUUAAUCUCACUGCCCAAACUAUUCACAGAGCUGUAGGUUGCUAUCACCAACUCAGCUGGGCCAGGCUGUGCAGCUGAACAUGCAUGGAACAGCUGCCCUGACACUUAGCUGUGGGGAGAAGUGUCUCCUUGCCUGCAACACUAAAACUGAACUGAAUUUUUAAGGUAAUUGCCUUAAUUAUCAAAGAACUAAAGCAUCAGUGGGGUUCUGAUCUGUGAACUAUUUUCUCUUUGAUUGCAACAGACAGCAUUAACUGCUUCUUCUGUUU